AUGGCCAGAUUACUUAGGGGAGUUGUCAAAAAAGAUAUCCACCCUCGUGUUUGUUGGGCAGCUUUAAAUACAAUUAAAGAAUAUUGCAAGCAUUUAAGCCCUCGAUUCCAAGAAGAUUGUCAUCAACAUGUGUUGGGAGCCCUAAGGAAAGCUAUGGAGGAUUUCGAAUAUCCUAGUGUUCAGGCGCAAGCAUCUUCAGCAAUGUUUUACUUCGUCAAGAACUGCGAUGCAUACAUUCUAAAACCUUACCUGAAAAAGCUUGUUGGCAAAUUAAUCGAUCAAAUAGAGAGAGGCAAGUGCAUGGUGAAGGUGGAGGCUUUAAGAGCGCUGUCAUCGAUUGCGAAUUCAUCAAAGGAUCAGUUUGAAGAAUUCUAUAGUACAGUCAUGCCUUACCUCAAGGCUAUGAUGAUGACUGCAAAAGCAGACUCUGACUCCAUCCUUCUUGCCGCAUCCAUGGAGUGCAUUACUAUUAUUUGGAUGGUUGUUGGAAAAGAGAGGAUUGGCACUAAUGACGCUGAACGGAAGGUUGGGGAAGUUCUCAUCUCCCUGAUACGACCUGAACUGGAGGAAAACAAUCGAAUGAGAAUUCAAGUGUUGCAAGCAUGUGGUAGACUCUGCAAAAUUUUGGGGCAAGAUUUCAGACCUUAUAAUAUGGUUGCCAUUCCUUGUUUGCUCAAGGCAGCCAAAAAUGAAUCAUAUGUCUUUGUACCUGAGAAUCCUGACAAUAUGGAAGAAUCGGAUGGAAGGACCUUGAUUGUUGAAGGUCAAAAGACUUGGAUCAAAACUGAGGUCCUGGAACAGAAAGUCAUUGCUUGUAGUGAGCUGUAUAGAUGUGCUGCUGAGUUGAAGGAAGACUUUUAUUUAUGGAUCGAGGAGGUUGCUGGCAUUUUAGUUCCACUUCUUAACUUUGAAUACAAUGAAGAAAUUCGCAGAGUUGCUGCUUUAGGUAUUUUCGUGUUGAUGUCAUUUGCUUAG